GCUGAAGCUACAGUGGAAUCCAAGCAGAUGAUCUCAAUGGACGAGUGUGACGAGGAGGAGAAAAGGAAACAGAGAAAGGAAUACAGUCUUGAGAGCACAUAGUGUCAAAAGUCUACGAGGUAUUUCUACUUCGUCUGUCGUUGUGGAAGAACUGGUUCGUUUACGGGAUAACUAUAAGAACUGGCUAAACGACCGUUUAUGCUACGUUAGUGCGUUUAUUCCCCUUUAGAACGACGUCGUUCCUCGACAGCAUCUUAAGAUCUGACUAGACCUGAAUCCGUCUUUCAGCUGAGCUGGAGUGGGAAGAAUUGUCUUUGCCAUGUGUGGGAAAGAAAGACAAGUGUUGAACGCAUAGGUUUGGUGUCAUGUAGGAAACAAUAGAGCGACAGGUCUGAAAUUGUGUACAGAGAAAAGACAGACAGAGCACAAAUGAAAAAGAUGAUCCAUAAUGGGACAUCGGAGUGACACAUCCAUGAAGAUGAGCCACAGGAGCAGCCCCGCAAAAGCGUAUGAUUUUCUGCUGAAAUUUCUGCUAGUGGGAGACAGUGAUGUGGGAAAGGGGGAGAUACUGGCCAGUUUGCAGGAUGGAUCCAGUGAAUCUCCCUAUGGAUAUAAUAUGGGGAUCGACUAUAAAACAACCACUAUACUGCUUGAUGGGCGCAGAGUUAAGCUGCAGCUUUGGGACACAUCUGGACAGGGUCGCUUCUGCACCAUCUUCCGCUCUUAUUCCAGAGGAGCACAGGGUGUUAUCCUUGUGUAUGACAUCACAAAUCGCUGGUCCUUUGAUGGAAUUGACAGAUGGAUUAAAGAGAUCGAUGAGCAUGCACCAGGAGUGCCCAAGAUCCUGGUGGGGAACCGUCUGCACUUGGCCUACAAGCGUCAGGUGACCACAGAAAAUGCCCAGGCCUUUGCAGAGCGUCUGGGGGUCACCUUCUUCGAGGUCAGCCCUCUGUGCAACUUCAACAUCACAGAGUCCUUCACUGAAUUGGCUCGCAUUGUUCUAAUGCGUCACGGCAUGGAGAGACUCUGGAGACCCAACAAAGUGUUGAGUCUGCAGGACCUGUGCUGCCGUUCUAUCGUCUCCUGCACUCCAGUGCACCUGGUGGACAAACUCCCUCUUCCUGUUGCCUUAAAGAGCCACCUCAAGUCCUUCUCCAUGGCCAACGGCCUGAACGCCCGCAUGAUGCACGGACGCUCCUACUCCGUCAUAGCCAGCAGUGCGAAGAAGAGGAACGGAACAAAAAAAUCCAAACUCAUCUACCCACCCCUGAGCCCGUCCCAGAGCUGCGCAAGGACCAGCUGCAAGAUAUCAUAGUCUAAUGACACAGUCUGCACUCGCAACAUAUACACACAACCACAGUUUACAGCAUGAGGCAGUGCUCAAAGUCAACAGGGUUUUACUUCAGUGAAGACGUGUCCCAGUGACUCAUGGCAAAUAGUGCCCAUGAUUGUUCCAUUCCACCCAGAUACUCGGGGUGCAUUCCCUGUACUGGAUCUGAAUGUGAUUGCUCAAAGAGAUUGAACAGACCCACAAGAAGGGAUUUGUUUCAGAGUGUGAAGCCACUAUUUCACCAUAUUUUGCAUAUAUGUACAGAAUAUUUCAUCCUGUUUGUAAAUGAAGAGUUAGAAACGUAAAUGGUACUGCAUUUUGGCAUUGAGGACAAAAAAUAUUUUACUGAGCUUGGACCAAGCAAGCAUGAGGGCAGAGAAAACGGUCCUGUUUUUUGAAUAUUUCAAUUUUCACAGUGGACCUAGUUGAUAAUACCAGCUUGUUUUCUAACUUUUAUUCUAAUGCUCUUCAGGGUACAUGUAUUGAACAAACAUCAGUGUUGAGAAAUGCAGCUCUUUGUAUUGUGUAUUUAAGUCAUGUUGUUUGAUACUAUAUUGUUAUUAUUCUUAAUUAUUGUAAUGCACUUGAACAGUGAACGAUAUUGUAAUAUUUUAUAUGGAGUGACACCAAAGACAUGGCAGAACAAAUACGAAGCUUACCAACGCUUACUAAUAGUUUGUUAUGGAUUCGCUACAGACACUAAUAUUUCAAAUACACUGCAAAUCAACAGGAAUUCCUAACUAGAUAUCUUUUUUUUGUUUUGUUUUUUUUGUUUUUUUAAUAAAAGUGUGUUACCAACAAGA